UGGGUUAUUUCUCCAGUAUGGAUGCAGCCUUAGAUUCUCAGUUGUGUUACUCUGGUCUUUGUUUUGCAUUUUGUGACCAGAUGCAAAGGAUGUCAAGGCAUCAGAAAAGGUAGUAGUAGGGCUUUCAAGAAAAAAUAAUGGAGGCCAUGGUCAAAGGAAAGCAAGCAAACAAACAAAAACACUGAACAUUCAUAUAAAUGUAAAUUCAUGGCUUCUUAGUCCUGCUCAAAAUGGAGGACAUUUUGGACUUCUUCCCUUACAGAAGGCUGAAAUGAAGAUGAAGGAGACGUCCUAAAAAAAAAUUAAGGCCUAGUUGUGGCUCAAGUCAGUGAAAACAUCCUCCUCCCGUUGCUAGGGCAACCGAGACCUUGGUUUCAACGUUAGGACUUCAUUUCCCAGCGUGCCUUGCGAACGGAUUUCUUUUUAAAAGAGGAGGAGGUGGAUGGGUGGGUCGCCGGUUGUGAUUGGACAAUAAACGACGCGCCGUUUGUUACGUAGCUUGCGAUUGGCGGGCUCUUAAAGCCCUGGGCCUUGGUUGCCUUUGCUUGCUGUUUCCGUUGAGAAGCGGCGCUGCUGCUUGGCGCGAAGGGGAAGCGGAAUCAGGAGUGAUUACCAUGACUACUUCUCCAGGAACACCCUCUGCAUCAAAAAGGUCACCCACCAGCUGUGCUCGUUCCCCACCUCCCCAACAGAAGGAUUCUACUCCUCUUCCUUCAAUCAAUGAGCGCCUGGCCUACCUCCGCCCUUCACGGGAACUGCUGGAGUACUACCGAAAAAAGAUUGCAGAAUUUGAUGAAGAGCAUGAGGAACUAGUCAAAAGGCUAGAGAAAUAUAAAGCAACAUAUGAUGAACAGCACAAAUUACAAUGGGAAAUGCGUCAACGCGAAGAAGAAAUUGCAGAAUUGCAGAAGGCUUUGAGUGACAUGCAGGUUUACCUCUUCCAGGAGAGAGAGCAUGUGCUGCGUCUUUAUGCUGAGAAUGAUCGAUUGAAAAUCAGGGAGUUGGAGGACAGAAAGAAAAUCCAGCACCUUUUGGCUUUAGUGGGAACGGACAAUGGUGAAAUAACUUAUUUUCACAAAGAGCCACCACAUAAGGUCACUAUACCUCAAAAGCCAAUCAUGGACAGAGAUUUGCAUGAUCGAAAUAAACCUAUUUUAAAAACAGGAAUUAAAAACUCUACCUCAAAACCAGCAGCAAAGGGAGAGAAACCAGAAAGUGUGGAUAGAUAUGAGAGAGAUGAACAAACUCUCUUAUUGCAGGUGGAAGCGCUUCAAGCUCAGCUAGAGGAACAGACCAAGCUGUCCAAGGAGCAGACUGAAGCACUGCUAGAGGACAGGCGAAUCCGUAUAGAGGAAGCUCAGGUCCAGCAUCAGAGGGAUCAGGACAAGAUCAAAGAUCUUACUGAAAAAUAUCACAAAGCUCAAAAUUUGUUGUAUGAGAGCACAAGAGAUUUUCUCCAGAUGAAGUUUGAUGCGCGAGCAAAUGAGAAAUCUUGGAUGGCAGAGAAGGAUACUCUCUUGAGGAAGCUGGACAGAAGCAAAGAUAGAGGCCAGUGGAGACGAGGCCAGUGGAGACAAGGCCAGUGGAGACAAGUUGGACAGGAUAGUGGUCAGGACCAAGACGACAUCAACGAAAGUUGGGACAGUAGCGCAGAUGAGUGGGACAGCAGCCCAUGGCAGCAAGCAUCUUCCCACAAGAAGCUAGGAAGGAAACAGAAAAGAGGUGCCAAACACACAUCUCAAGCAGAGCAUGAAUAUCAUAAGCUAUAUGAUGCACAGAUUCAGGGACUACAAGAUCAAUUAACACAGGAACAACGUUUAGCUGAUAUGUACCGAGAGCAGUGUGUAGCGCUGGAAGAGGAACUGGCUAAGAUUCGGGAACAAGGAGAUGUGGGAAGAGAGAUCUUCAAGGAACGCUCAGAAAAGAUGGGGAAGCGCCUACAACUAAUGAACCAACGCUAUGAGGCUUUGGAAAAACGGCGUGUCAUGGAGGUUGAAGGCUUUAAGACUGACAUUAAACUGCUCCGGCAAAGGCUGAAGGAUUUAGAGAAGCAACUUUUCAAGGUGGUAAUGACAGCGGGACCAGACCAAGACCUUGCAAUUUUGCAUGAAGUUCGCCAAGGAAAUAAGAGAACUAAAAAGAUUCAAGGAGAACUGAAAAAUCUAAAGUCAAAAAUUUACGGCCUGGAAAAUGAAUUAAGAGUCUGCUGAUACGGCUAUACCAGUCAGGAGCAGUGAUAUAAAAGCCAUUAUUGAAACAGCUUUCUCAUUAUCUUCAUUCUGUGACAAAAUAUGUAGCUUGCUGUGACUUUAAGAUAUAGCUUUAUGCUCCAAGACUGAAGGAGCACUGUAAAGCUAAUGUGAGAUACAGAUGUUUUUUUUAAACAGUUUUUAAUUUACUUUUUUGUACAUGUCCAGAUCUGGCUCCCUCUUCUUGUAAUGUUAGUUUAGACACAGAUUGAGCUGGUCAUUUAGUAAUUUCUUAUUCUCACACACAACAUAGCUGUGGCUGGAGGAUUGUUUUUUAUUUACUCUAAGAAUAUUGCACUAUGGUGAUAUCACUAAAAGGCAUCCAAGUGAAUCAUGACCCGUGAGUGUCACUGGUUAUUAUGUAGAAGGAAGGAAAGGCCUCCACAUCUCCAGCAACUACUCUGCAAAACAGGAUUGAAGGGAAGAUGCUCUUAUAUUAUGCCAUAGUUAUAUUCUCUGAAUUAGAAACUAGCUUUCCCAUCCAAGUGCUAAUCUGAGCUUUUAAAAAAAAUCUAUCCCAAUCUAAAUAUCUCAGUUAAAAGCAAAGCCUAUCCAUUUUAAAUGGGUCUUAAUGUCAUGUAAUUGUGUUUAGAAUUAUAUUCCUUUAUCCUAGAUUAUAGAAAUUUGUCUAAGGCUGCAGUCCUAUGGAGGAUUCCCUCUUGUGUCCAAAUGAACUUGAAAGACUUGCUUCCUGAUUAACAUGUAUGGAUCAAGUUAUGCACUUGUUACUCCUAUCAUUAGUUUCAGUUAGUUGCUCAAGGAUUAGAAAGUUAAUACUUCAGUUACAGAAUUCUUCCUGGUGCAAGAUAUACAGGGGGAAAUUCUCAUGUACCAGUUUGUUCUCUGCUGUAACAUUAACUUUGACACUGGCAUUUUCUCAGUAUUUUUCCCUAUCUGCACACAAUAGGAGAUGUCUGUAUAUAGACCAGACCAUAUUAACCUGUCUCUCCUCUGUGAAAACCACUUCUGUAUAGCAAAAUGCAUAGAAAACUGCAUUGUGAUGAUUGUGCCACAAUCUAUUUGGCAGGGGGAGUACAUAAAGAGGAUCUAUUGCCAGUCAGGUUCCCCUUUCCUCACACAUACUGUAAAAGAGAGGCAUACAAUUGUCACACAAGAUGGUCUAUAUUCGGUUUCUAUACUUUUUGCUAUAAACAAGUGUUCUCAAUCUAUAGAAACAAUACAUUGAAAAUCCAGUUACAAGCAACCCUUAGCUUCAUUAGAAAUCUUCUAUCUUGAUAGUGUAACAGUUGAAAUUGCUCAGGCUCACAAGUUUUAAGAAGGGCAAAGAUCAGUCAACGGGAAGCCAAGAAGGCAAAAUAAAAGGGCAGAAAGCUACAUUUUGCCCUUGGAAAUCUAAUGAGGCAAGGAACACUAAUGUAAAUGAGACUGACAGACCUGUUUGUUCUGCAAAUGCAAACAUGAUGUGUUACGUGAUAUUACCCAGUACUGGCAAUAUGCCAUGACUAUGUUCUUGUCUGGCUUCAACUGCUUUGUCUUUACUGAGUAGAUGCACAAUAAUAACAUCUUGAUAAUCUCCAGAGAACAAAAUAUUUGAUAUUGCUUUGGAAGUGCCUUAGAGAUGUUUUCUAAAUUGUGCCCUUUUUUGUACUUGUCAAUUCCUUCAAUUUCAGAUUUUACAAUAUUAAAAUUGAAACUGAACCUCUUAUUUAAAAAACAA